AUGUCCUAUGACCGCUACUUGGCCAUCUGUAAACCGCUACAUUAUGUCUCAAUGAUGAGUGUACAGCUUAGAUACAGCCUGGUCGUCUCUUCCUGGGCCCUCAGCUUUAGUAUAGCAGUUGUGACAGUUUUCCUUGUGUAUGACUUAGACUUCUGUGGGCCAAAUGUUAUUAACCAUUUCUUGUGUGACUCUGCUCCUGUUUUAGAACUUUCUUGCUCAGACACAACUGCUGUGGAAUUUGAAAUUAUCGUGGUUUCUGUUCCAGUAAUUCUGUUUCCUUUCUUAUUUAUUAUUAUAACUUAUGUUCAUAUCUUCAGCACUAUCUUUGGAAUUUCCUCCACAUCAGGCCGGAAAAAAACCUUCUACACGUGUAGCUCUCACCUGAUAGUUGUUUCUACCUACUAUGGGUCCAUGCUCAUAAUCUACAUGGUCCCUCAUAGAGGACAUUCAGUGUCUAUAAACAAGUUUAUUUCCCUUGUCUUCAUUGUGCUGACCCCUCUUCUAAACCCUGUUAUAUACAGUCUAAGAAACCAAGAGAUUCGUUCAUCUGUAAUGAAAUAUCUAACGCUCUGA